AUGGUUGUUCUCUACCCUGUGCGCUUUCUGUGCACUUUUCUGCUAGAGUAUUCUCAAAUAAAGACGGUAUUACUCAAAAAAAGCCGGCUUUACGAGAUAAGAUCACCAUCUGCAUAUAAAUUCCUAAGACAAAGUGGAUAUUUGGUUCUGCCUCAUCCAAAUACUAUAAAUCAUCUGUGUUCAAAGUAUAAUGUAAGCCCACAAUUAGAACAGCUAGAUUCAUAUUUUUUGUUGUACAUAAAACAGAAAUUUAAAUAUUUGCAGGAGAAAGAUAAAAUUGUGACUUUAUUGCUAGAUGAAGUUCACAUAAAAGAAUAUUUUGAGUAUAAAGGGGGUUGUGUAACGGGCAUGUCGUGUGAUUCUGAAGCUUCUGCUUCUAGUGCCCAAGUUUUUAUGGUCAAAAGCAUUGCAUCCCAGUAUAUUGUUCAUGUUCUGCCAGUGCAUUCCAUAUCAGGGGAAAUUUUGCAUGAAUUUAUUAAGAAAAUCAUUAUUGGAUUGGAAGGUAUUGGGUUUACAGUUAUUGGUAUUAUUACUGACAAUAAUUCAGUUAAUAGGAAAGCUGUUGGACUUUUUAUUGAUCCGCUAGAAUUAUCUUAUUGUUAUUCUCAUCCAGUUAAUAAACAAAGACCACUGUUCUAUGUUGUAGACCCUGUUCAUUUGUUCAAGUGUAUGAGAAACAAUUGGUUAAAUCAAAAAAAUGAUGGGAAAUGUUUCUUCUAUCCUAAUUUUGAUUUGGCUCCUGAGGUAAAAGAUAUAGCUAACUUUAAAACAGCUCGAUUUUCAACUAUAAGAGAUUUGUACAACUUAGAAUCGGAUAGCUUAGUUAAAUAUGGUUUUAAAUUAAGUCUUAAAGCACUUGCUCCAUCAAACAUGGAAAGGCAAAACGUUCAGUUGGUUUUGAGUAUUUUUAAUGAACAUGUUGCAGAAGCUCUUGUUGAAUUAGGAGAAAGAGAAAAUUUAAUCUAUUCUAAGGAUACGUCUGAGUUUUUAAAAAUCAUUAUUACAUGGUGGCAAAUUGUUAAUGUUAAAACACCGAAUAAAGGUAAACGCUUAAACAAUAGGUAUCAGGAGCCAUUCACUUUUGAUAAAAAGGACAUUAAGAUAUUAUUUUUAGAGAAAUUUUUAAAAUGGCUUGAUAAUUGGGAAGACAUGAAAUUUAAUACUGGGACAUUUACAAAAGAAACAAGGACUGCUUUAGUUUUAACUACCAAAGCUUUAAUAGAAAUUUCAUCUUAUUGUAAAGAUAAUUUUAAAAUGAGUUAUAUUCUCCCUGGCAAACUUCAAACAGAUGACUUGGAAAGUAGGUUUGGCUGUUAUCGCAGAUUAGCAGGUUGCCAAUACAAUAUUUCAACACAGCAACUCUUUGAAUGCGAAAAAAAAUUAAGAAUUCAGUCUUUGUUGAAACUGUCCGUUCCCAGCAAAUCUUUCGGCACCUUUAAAAUUACAAAUUUUGAAACAGAUGAUAUCUUUCCGGAUUAUGAUCCAAGCUCUUCAAUUGCUUUCAUCGACCUUAAAGUAGAACCAACAGACAUUUUGAAUUUGCAAGAAAGCCUUCCUGUUUUGAUGUAUCUUGCAGGGUAUUGUAUUUUUUCUGUUUAAAAAAAAUCUUACUGCCUGCAAAUAUUUACAUCAGUUAGAUAAAGAGAUAGAAUUAUCCCCAGAACAUGAAUAUUUAAAAAAUUUGGAUAGGGGUAAACUUUCUUUCCCGUAAGAACAUAUUUUAAAUGCAGUGCUCUAUAAUUUUACAGUAUUUUAAAAAAAUAUGCGACGAAUAUGAGUCUGAAUUCCUAAAACUUCGCGAUCAAAGAAAAAUAGUUUCUUGCCUUACAUAUUCUAUUCUAGAAGAAAAUGAAUUCUGUGAUAGUGGAGCAUGUGAUGAAGGUCAUCAGUUUAAUUCCAUUAUCUGGAAAGUUGUUUGGUGCUCCACAAAUAUAUUUUUAAAUAAUUAUGUUAA